AAUGAAUGGGAUGCGUUGACGAGUAAUGCUAGGUAUUAGAAGCAUAAGUGGGAGUGGGUAAACAAACAAGAUUUGUGUGAAACAUGGCAUCAGAAGAUCAAGUGAAGCUCUUGCUCAUAAGACCAAGUCCCUUUGCAAUGAGCUGCGCCCUUGCUCUGAAUCACAAGGGGGUGAAAUUCGAGGUUGUGGAGGAGAAUUUGCGCAGUAAAAGCGAGCUGCUCCUCCAAACAAAUCCUGUAUACAAGCAGGUCCCUGUUCUUCACCACAACGGAAGGUCAAUUUCUCAGUCUCUGGUCAUACUCGAAUACAUUCAGGAAGCCUGGCCAGAUCCUUCUCUGCUCCCACAAACGCCCUACGAAAGGGCUCUUGCCCGAUUCUGGGCCGAUUACAUUAACAAAAAGUUCUUAGAAACUGGGCUGAAAUUGAUGAAGAGAUUCGGGGAAGAGCAUGAAACAGCGCGGAAAGAUAUUGUACAGCAGUUUGAGACUCUGGAAAAGGGUAUGAUCGGCGACGGCCCCUUUUUCUUGGGCAGCAGGAUGAGCUUGGCAGAUGUUGCCCUGGUGCCCCUGGUUCCAUGGAUGGCCUCUUUUGAGGCUCUCGGAGACUUGAAAUUCCCCGAUGCGCAGCAGUGCGGUCGUAUGCACCGCUGGCUGGCUGCCAUGCGGGAAAAUCCAAAUGUUAUAGCUUCUGUUCCUGACUCUGACUGGCUAUUGAAUAGCACCAUCAAUGUACGACAAUAUAUCUCAGAGCAUCAUCCAGGAGGAUUGUUGGAGGGAGGAGUGUAGAAUUGGGUUUAGUAUAGCCCUUUUCCUCUUCGUCUUUCUGCCAUAUUUUAAACAAGAACUGUAGUGUAGCCUACGUAAGACUGUAAAGGGUGUUUUGUUUCAAGCUUAAUUUGUUUUGAUGUUUCAGUUCUGGUCAUGGCGGACACAUUUCUGUUCUUGUUGAACCAAUUUCUGUGUUAACAGUUUCGAAAACCAGGAUUUGAUUCGAUCGAUACAUAUUGAACAAGAGCUGCAAGCAGCGAAGUUCCUGCGGGGAGUCAUUGCUUGUUGCUUGUGUUUACUGAUCUAGAUUUGUAAUUUUGAACCUGGUUGCUUUGUAGUUUACUAAUACUUAAAAUAUAAACAAUUUCUUAUA